AUGCGUUCUCAGCCCAUCCCAUUGGAUGUGUUCGGCGAUGUGGAGGUCAACAAUGAUGUUACACUGAAGGCAUUUCCAUCAGACUUCGGACACGGCUGGAGUCCAUCAAACGGAAUGACUGCUGCACCCACAAAAGCUGCUGGUGGCAGAGGGGCGGUGUACAAGAAAGGAGAUCUUGCAUGGUACAGGCAGAGGGACGGAUCCUACAUCUCUGCCAAGGUGGUGUCAGUGGAUGUGACUGUAGACCCGCCAUCGUACGCCGUGGAUCUGGGAGGGAACAUCCGGGAGACCGAGGCGCCUCGGCUGCGCCCGCGUGGCCCGGGUGAAUCUGCUCCACCCGCUGAAACUACCUCCUGCCCUGCCCUGCCCGCUCCUCACAAGGCCGGUGCCAGCUUUGGCGCCCCUGGGGGCGUCAGCAUCCGCGCCACAUCGGGCUCAGGGCCCGUCUUCUGCGCCAAUGACCUGGCGCCGGCGGCCGCCAGCUCAGCAGACAGCUGGACUUUUGCGGGCAGCGGCUAUGAAGCAGGCAAUAUCUCCGUGGCGCCUGUGGCAGGAACAAAUGCAGAAGAUCAGGAAGAGGACUUUGGGGACUUCUGUGACGCUGAUGCCAGCACUGCAACAGCCAGCUCCGGCGCAGCACAGCAGCUUGUGCUCCCAAAUGAUGCCUUGCCACUUCCAACACAGCUUGUCCACGGCAGCGUGAAUGGGAUAGGUGCUGUGCCACAUGCUGCGAGCAUGCAGCACAAAGGCGGCGGCGCAGCAGACGCCUCUUUUGGCGCACUCCAGCACAUGCCGGCACCUGCCGCCCUGCCGCAGCCGUGCGCCGUCAGAACCGCAGCGGCCCCUCUCAGCUUCGCGUCGCUCAGUGCAUUUCAGCCGAGCGCAGCUGCCCCCUCCUCUUGGCUCACAGUUGCCCAGCCGGGCAUAGCUCCCAGCAAGGCAGCGUCAUCUGACACACAGACAGCACCUUCAGCAGCAGGGCCGGCCCUGACUGGCUACUUUGACCCCAGCAGCUGGCCAGCGAUUGCGUCAGCACAGAGCAGCAGCGCCCCGCAGGUUCCAAGCGCAUCAGCCGCGGCCGACGGCGGCUUUGGGGACUUUGGCGAUUUCAAGGCGGCCGAGUGGCAGGCUCCGCUGCCGGCCACGCAAGCGUCCGGAAGCUGCCUGGCAGCUGCCGCGCACCACGCGCCGUUUCCCGGCGCCGCGAAAUCCGUGCCCAGCUCAGAGACGGGCGGCGGCCGCGGAGUGACUCCGGCAUCGACGAUUGACAUCGCUCGGGAUGAGCUGGACUAUGGGGAGGGGUCUGAUGGUGAUGAUUUUGGGGACUUUGAGGACGCUGGGGCGGACGCAGAAGUGUCGCAGGCACAGACUGCGGCUCUUGACAGGUCUGCACCACUGCCGAUGUCCCUAUUUGGCGAGGACGAGGAACUGGCAGAGGCAACGCCCCCGCUGCCCAGCCUGGACCUGGCCGCACCCUGGGGUGGCUUCGGCCUUGGUCAUUCAAUUCCACCGACCCCAUCCAUUCUGCCAUCCACCCCUGUGCCAAACCUGGCGGCGCCAGCCGAGCAGCCUCAAAAGGCUCUCUUCAGCAGCAUGCAGUGGGACGACUCUGUUGCGGCAGCCGCCCUGGUGCCAGAUCAGGCCGCUGAAUCAGCGGCAGCUGCCGCGCAGCUUCCGCCGGGAGACACGGCGCCGACGGCGGUCCCUCCGCCCGCGCCCGCCACCCCUGAGAACAUCGAGCAUACACCCUUUGCUGCGGAGGCCUGUCCCCUUGCCGCUCUCCAGCUGUCGGCAGAGAGACUCGGUGGGAUAUCGGUACCACAGCAGACAGAGAGUGGCGAGGCCGCAGCGGGGUCAGGUCUGUUUGACCCUGCUGAGGAGGCAGCUGAGGUAGAGGAGUUUGGAGAGUGGGCAGACACGCCACAAGCUGCUGCGGUGUGUGACAGCAGUGCGUUUGACGGUGCUGCAAAGUCAGAUAAGGCCGAUAACAGAGCAGCGGAAGCGCCCACCGGAGAUUUGGCGCCUCUGCCAUCACCUACAGAAGGGUCUGAAAGUGGAGAAGAUGCUGCAGAACCCACAAGUGCAGUUGCAGCCGCAGCAGGUGAACACGGGGCAGCUGCACCAGCGGAGGGGAAUACCCCGGGGUCACAGCAGGGCAUCAACUGGGACGCACUGGUUUUCAGCUUCGCAGAGGACGCACCCGAACUAGCCCAGGAGCCUGAUCUGGCCGGGCCAGCGGCAUGCGCUGACAUCAGCGAUGAUGCCAGCAGCUCCCUCGCCAUGGCAGCAGAUGACCCUCCUCCCGCUGUGUCAGCCGCCGCUGAGGAGCCCGGCCUGGUAGAGGAAUUGCCUACCGGAACAGAGAGGGCACAGGAGGCACAGGAUUUGUCCCUGAGCACAGCUGCAUUCCCUGAAUCUCUUGCCGCGGAGGCUGCUGCAUCAGGGGAUGAGCAGCAAGGGGAGGCCGGCUCUGUGGAUGAGUGGGGAGACUUUGAGGAGUUUGGCGCAGCUGAGGGCAUCAGCUCUUCAAGUACAGCCGCUACAGAGCCAGGGAAUUGGGACAAUGGCUGGCCUGCCGGGGCAGCACUUGAACCUGCCAGCAGCAACAGCAUGCAGUGGCCGCUUGAUGUCCCUCUCGAGUCAGCUUCUGGGGAUGCCGUUGCAACGACACAGCGGCCGGACGUUACCGAGCGGCAGCCAUCCGCAGGCGUACCUUCCAGCCCCGCCGCGCCAGACUUGGACAUCUUCGGCGCUGACGUGUCGCCGACGUCGGCGUCCGCCAGAUCAGGCGCGGCCGAUGGCGCCUUUCCAGGACGCGCGGAUGAGUCAGCGCCGGCGGCCGGCACUGACUGGACCUGGGAGACCGAUAAGUCAUGGCUCGCGCCAAGACAGGGGACGAGCAACGCAGCGGCGUCUGCCGACGUGUGGGAUGUAUUCACAUCCCUGGAGGCUGAUAAGAGUGCGGGAUUGGAUCCUCCCCAAGUCUCCCGUGCGGCUGGGGACGCCACAGCAGCGGCGCACUUCUCAGGAGGUCACUGGGCUCAGGGGAGCGAUGGAAUUGAGGAAGGGGAUUGGGGCGAGGAAUGGGCUGCGGGGGAUGCAGCUGCAGGCAUGCAGGCUGUGCAGUUGAGUGCAGGGGCUUCUGUGAGUAUAAAGGCAUCGCCGUUGGAGACGUUCGCGGGACAUGACAGAGCGACAGCCUGGCGCCUGCUCGCUGAGGCAGCACAGGCUGAGCUGGCAAGGGGACAGCGCAUCUGGUCGGAGGCGUGCGGCGCAGGCCGGCAGGACCAAUAUUGCGCCAACUCCCGGACCCGGCAGUACAUAACGGCUCUGGGGGCGGUCCGCUUCGUGGCGUGCGCACUCAGGGCUGCGCAGCGGCAGAAGAGUGGAUGCGCCGUUGGAGGGGUCGAUGAUUCGUGGGGCGCUGCAGAAGCGCUGUCUCGCUGCGAGGAGUGCUGGCAUGGCGACGUGGCAGGUGCUCCCCCGCUCAAGGCAGCGCAUGCAGUUGCAGCGGCCGCGGCAGAGCCGUCUGCGCUGGCAGAUGUACUCUCACAGGCCUGUAGCCAGCUGGACGCCACGUCAGCGUCCUGGGAGGAGGGAACCCCUCACCGCUGCGCCCUCACGCUGCUGCCGCUCUCGCUGUGCCCUGCUGUGCCUGCUGUGGAGUUCGAGGGCGGCCUCUGCUGGGCACCUGUGGCAAACCUCUGGGCCAAUCGAGUGCGGCGAGCUGUGUGA